UUUGCCACCAUGGGAAUUCUUCACUGGAUCAGGGGCAUUCCUGAAAUUCCGACUCUGAGACCAGCCUCGAUACCUCAGGCGGCAGUCCUUACCGAGGUAGGUAAGGUAUCAACAUGGUCAGAUUUCGGCGGUUUUUCACUCGGUCGGCGAGUAAUUUACCCCCCUCGGUCCCUCCAAUGAGUCGAGCGAGACUCAGGACUGGUGGGGAGGUUGACUCAAAAGUCUCACUCUGUCCCGGUGGGUUCGAUCCACUGGGCAAGUUCAACCCGGUCUCCCAUACUAUCCUCGCUAGUAAGGGACUACCAGCUGAUAGUGGUCUAUCGGGCUAUUCCUGGAGGACCCUCCCCCCAGGUGAAUCAUUUGGUGGGUCGCUUGGAUCUAGCCACAUCCACUGGCGGCUGAAUGUUGUUAUACUCCAUUUGCAUUUUUUACAGGUUUGCAUAUGUGGGAAAGAAUGACCAUUCGGUUACCGAGUACCAAAUAUCAAGACCCUUUUGUGCUCCGUGCGUGCUUAGACA